UAAUGUGCAAGAAAAUGACAAGAGCAUAAAGCAUUAUAAUUCAACGGGGCUCCUCCUACUAGCCAUGCCUUUUAAUUAAUGGAGCUCCCAACUUGCAAAAGCUUGCAUUGGACAGAAAGAGAGUCAAAGAGUGAAAGGGAGAGGGUGAAAGUGCCACUGAAGAUAAUUGAUUACCUCCCAAUCAACAAUAACUUGUUAGCAAAAGUCAAUUGCCCCUACUCCUUAGCUUCACCAUACUGGGAGAAGCAGCUUUGUUUCUUGUACUGCAAGAGUUGCGGCCGACACAUUUUUUCAGAGGCGAGAGGAAGGAAGGCAAAAGUAGGACUACGAAAAAUACAAACUGGCAACUCCGAGGAUUCGAAUCACAGAAAGCAGAAAAGAAGCAAUUCUCGUACUUUGAGCGUCGGUUUAUCGAAUCACAUUCACUUCGCCAGCGGACUUUUGAGAUUUGGUUUGGGCUUAGGUUCUCUAAGUUGGUUUGUGAAUUUUUUGCAAAGGACCUUCGAAUAAAAUUUAAAAAAAAAAAAUUCUAAAAUGACUUCAAAAGAGGAUGCAAAGGGCUCACCGGUGCCAGAAAGACGACGGAGUCCGUUGGAUCACCUUCCACCUCCGGCAAACUCCAACAAACCUUUAACCCCAUUCAGUAUAGAAGACAUCCUUAACAAGCCUUCCGUUAGACGAAGUUACACAAUUUGUGGGACUGCUCACCUUCUCUCAGCCGCCGAGAAACACCCUCCUCCCGGUCUACCCCUGUCCAGCCGGGCAUUGCUCACACAGACCUCGCCAUUGUGUGCCCUCGAAGAGCUGGCCAGCAAGACAUUCAAAGGACUAGAAGUGAGCGUCCUUCAAGCGGCCGAAGGAAGGGACGGAUUGACAAUUUUUGGUCAGAGGAACACUCCUAAGAAACGAAGAAAGUCUCGCACCGCAUUUACAAACCACCAGAUUUAUGAACUAGAGAAGCGUUUUUUAUACCAGAAGUAUUUGUCUCCAGCUGACCGGGAUCAGAUCGCUCAACAGCUCGGGCUGACGAACGCACAAGUUAUCACCUGGUUCCAGAACCGCCGAGCUAAACUAAAGCGGGAUUUAGAAGAGAUGAAAGCGGACGUGGAGUCGGCAAAAACCAUGGGACCGAUGGAAAAACUGACCACAUUCAUAGACCUGGAACAGAACGCUUCUGGGACCAGGGGCUCGUCCCGGUCCCAAUCUCCAUCGCCUUCCAACCACGGACUCGAGACCCCAAGCAAACAUCAAAUGUCGCCAUCAUCUCCACUCACGGACCACGCCACGAGUCAAGAGGGCUCAGAGGACGAGGAGGACGUGGAAAUAGACGUGGAUGACUGAAUUUCACGCUCAAAUAACAUUAAAUCUUGAAUGACUUCUUAAAAUAAAGGAAACAAAGACAAUAUUUUAAAGCAAGCAUGGACAAUAUAUUAGAUGCUGUGCUCGGUCUACAAACUUUAGGUGUAA